UUUAAAUUCAAAUUCGAAGUGAAAAAUUACAUAUUUUGUUAAACUGUUUUUAAAUUUAAAGUUUUAAAUGAAUAAAAUUUGGCAUAAACCAUUACAUACUAGAAAAGUGUGGAAACAGAUGUCUUUAUUAAGUAAAAUCAUUUAUUACCUACAACCAUUAGUGGGCCAUUUAAUUGAUACUUGGCUGCAACCUUUACCAUUUCCCACAAUAUUCAAAUUUUUGUAUUCCUGUAUUUUAAUCAUUCUAAUAUUACUGCCAGUUAUCGUUCCAAUUAUGAUCAUGAUAAGUUAUUAUGCUAUACUACAAUAUUUACUGGAAAGUACUUUGGAUCUUGUUUAUCCCAAACAUUUUGAUGUCAUUCACUACUUAGCUAAAGUUUACAAUUUACAAAUUGAAAAUGAAAAAUACGUUCAAUUCCUUUACUUGUCUAUGGAAAGAUGGCGUUAUAUAAUUACAGCAUUGGCAUCAUGUAUUGACUACACGCGUUUGGUUUUAUCUAUAGUAAUGAGUUGAUGAUAAAUUGAAAAAAAAGUUAUGUUAUUUUUGAAAAUACAUUUAAUGUUUUUUAAAUUUUAUUUCAUCACUUUUUCGUAAAUUGUGAAUGUAUGUUUAUGUUUUGUAAGUGUUUAUGUAUAGUUUUAAAGAUAGAAAUUAUAAUUAUAUUAUAUUAUAAUACAUGUAAAUAUGUGUGUGUGUUCAAUUGAAAUUAAUAUAUAAUUUAAUAUGAAUUAUUAUAGUAUUUGCAAAAUAUUAAUUUAAAAAAAUUAUAUAUGUGUAUAAAUAUUUCAAAAUAAA